AUGUUAAACGGGUUGAUGGGUUGUAAUAAAUGGGUUAAACAGGUCGUAAACAAGAUUAAGGGUGUUGUUGGUCCACGGCAAUUACAUUCUACAAGGAGACUCACACCUGAAAAUGGUGCGACAAAAGGCUUGAUCUUAGCAAAUGUGGCUGUGUAUCUGCUCUCGAAAGUUGCCGACACAAAGUUCAUAAGGCAGAACUUCACGGUACUUCUGGAUAACUUUAACAGCGGACGGUAUCAUACUAUGAUAACUUCUGCUUUCAGUCACAAGGACUUUUUACAUAUCCUCCCAAAUAUAAUCGCGCUUUAUAGCUAUGGCAAAAGAAUGGAACAACGCUUUGGGCCUGAAUUUCUGCUUAAGUUGUAUCUGGCUGGGGCUUUUACUGGCUCGGUUUCAUUCCUGUUGCAUCGGGUUUUUCUUGCCUUGUCAUCAAAGGACAAGCAAUCGUGUGAAUCGGACCGUUCAAAACUUGCAGCUUAUGGAGCAAGUGAUGCAGUGAUGGCUAUCUUGAUGCUUGAUACAUUACUCACCCCAGUGAAUAUUUCACUUGGCAAGUUUACAAUACCUGCCCAUGCUCUAUUAGCGGGGAGUUAUAUUUGGGAUGAUAUACAAAAACUAAAGGAAGAUAAUAAAAUUUCAGGAUCUGCUCACUUGGGUGGUGCUGCGGUUGGAAUCAUAACUUGGGCAUGGCUGAGAAAGGGGCGGUUAUAAAUUCUGUUUUA